UCACCUUGACCUGAAUUUCGUUCGGCAAAGUCGAUUCAAAGAUGAACUCUGAAAGUAUUGCAACAAAAAUUUAUGAUGGAAUGAAGCCAGGAACCAGUGGACUCCGGAAGGCAACUAAAGUGUUUAUGCAAGAACACUAUGUUGAAAAUUUCACUCAGUGUACACUGGAGGCUGCUUUGGGUGCCAAAAGGAGGGGGUCGAGUUUGGUUGUGUCUGGUGACGGACGCUUCUUUGGAAAAGAAGCUAUUAAAAAAAUAAUUCAAGUUUGCGCAGCUAAUGGGGUACAACAGCUGUACAUAGGUCAAAAUGGCAUUUUGUCAACCCCUGCUGUUUCUCGUGCUAUACGAUAUUUCAAAGCCGAUGGUGGUAUUAUAUUAACAGCUUCUCACAAUCCCGGCGGACUUGAUGCUGACUUUGGAAUGAAGUAUAAUAUUGGUAACGGAGGUCCUGCACCAGCCAGUGUUACUGAUGCUAUAUAUGACUUGACAAAAGCUAUAAAAGAAUACAAAAUAUGUAAACAUGUAAAUUGCGACAUUUCUCAGAUAGGACGACAAUCUUUUGAAGUUGAUGGAAAUUGCUUUCACAUUGAUAUUAUUGAUUCUGUUCAUGAAUAUCAUAUGUACAUGAAAGAAAUAUUUGAUUUUGAUUUAAUUCGAUCUGCCAUGAAAACAGAUAUCAAAGUCUUAGUUAACUGUUUACAUGGGGUUGUUGGACCUUACGCAAAAAGAAUAUUAGUUGAAGACCUCGGAAUGGAUCUAAAUAGUGCCGUCAACGCAGAUCCAAAGGAAGAUUUUGGGGGUGCUCAUCCAGACCCAAAUCUUACUUAUGCAAGUGAACUAAUGGAUGAAAUGAAGAAAGGGAAAUUUGACAUAGGUGCUGCUUUCGACGGAGAUGGGGAUAGAAAUAUGAUAAUCGGAAAAAAUGGAUUCUUUGUUUCACCUUGCGACUCUUUAGCCGUCAUAGCUGCUAAUAUGAGUUUAAUUCCUUAUUUCCAAAAGACAGGAAUUAAAGGAGUAGCAAGAAGUAUGCCAACCAGCGGGGCAUUAGACAGAGUAGCUGAACGACUAAAAGUGCCAAUUUAUGAAGUUCCUACAGGUUGGAAAUUUUUCGGGAACUUAAUGGAUGCAAAUAAACUAUCUUUAUGUGGAGAGGAAAGUUUCGGCACCGGCUCUGACCAUAUUAGAGAAAAAGAUGGCUUAUAUGACUACGAAAAUUGUGAUGCUACGAAAGCAAGAGAAAUGAUGAAGAACUUAGAGGACUUGAUAAUAAAUCCCUCAUUUAUAGGGAAAAAAUUUGAUGGAGCCAAAGCAUAUACAGUCGCGAAGUGCGAUAAUUUUGAAUAUACAGAUCCUAUAGAUGGGAGCUUAUCGACUAAUCAAGGACUUCGCAUUAUAUUUGAGGAUGGAUCUCGUUUGAUCUUCCGUCUUAGCGGUACAGGAAGUUCUGGAGCAACUGUUCGAUUGUAUGCUGACAGCUACGUUUGGGAUUCUUCUUUGUUCUUUGAUGAUGCUCAGAUCGUCCUAAAACCUUUGGUUUUACUUGGACUUCGAAUAAAAAUAUCACAGAAUAUGGAGCCUAUAAAUUUAACACAGCAUCAAGUUAAUUUCGACGAAUCAGAUAUACAAUCUUCAAUUUCAAUAAAUGCUUUUAGUAAUUUAGUAUCAUACGAACAAGAACUAGUCCAUAAAGAUGUGGGAGAUUUACCUAUUGUUACUCAGGAGGUUGUAUCACACGGCGAUAGAAGUGAUAAACCUAAAGCGGAAGAACACAAACCAUUGAAAAAUCUCAACAAAUUUCAUCGGACAAAAAUGGAUGAAGAACAGAGAGUAUCUUCAACUGUCAAUCAAUUACCAUUGGAUAAUCAACCAACUGCUGAUUUGAAUUUGAAAGUUAAAAAAGACUUUUGCCAUAGUAAAUCGAAUUCUCAAAACUUAAAGAUAGUUAAGCGUAGAGAAGUUAGCUUACCAUCGGGUUGUGCUCUUGAGACUUUAGAUGAGCCUUUUCAAGACAGACCUCCAAGUCGAGCUAAUGUUCAUCAAGCUUACAUGAAGAAUAACUUAACCAGUGGCUCAUUCUCGUCGAACAUCCAAAAUGAAAAUCAGCUUGCACCGGAGAAGAUUCUAUAUCCUACAGCAAAUAGAGACAUGGAAGGAACAACCAAGCCAGUUUUAGAGAGGAUUUUAUCUCAGAAUAGUGUACAAUCACAUGUUACUGUUAAAGCCAAAAAUGUAAAUGUAGGAGUUUGUACCCAUAAUAUCUUCACAUCUACCAAGUCAACUUCACCAAUAACAGUUCAAGAAGAAAAAGUCAAUGACCCUCAUAAAGAAAUUUUAGAUAAACUGAUCGAAAGCGAAGAUUUAGUUAAGCGUUUCGAGCAGGUCAUUAAAACUCAGCAUGAUGAAAUUCAAAAUCUGAGAUCUUUUGUUGCUAAAUUACAAAGUGAUGUCGGAGAUUCUAACGCAGAGCUAUAUUGCAAGUUGGAGCGGACGAGAGAUACUCUUGUAGAAAAAGAAAGCAUUAUAGAGGGAUUGAAGAAUAAAUUAGCAUCUGUAUAUGUUGAUUAUGAAAGCGCAAUGCAACGAUCCUCUGUAUCUGAGCAGGAAAUAAAAACUUUAAAAUCCGAAAUGGAAACAGUUAUAGAGGCUAAAAAAUGGCUGCAGAAGCAGCUGGAUUCUGCUACUGCUAGUCGAGCCAAUCUUCAAAGCAAGUUGACAUCCGCACAAGCAAAGAGCAUCGAAAGCGCAAGUGCUAUUGAAAGAAUGAGGGCUGAAAAGGAGAGAGCGAAUCAGGCUCUUGUGACUGCCCAGCAACAAGCACUUCGAGAGAAACAACUACUUGCUUUGCAUCUUGAGACCAUAGAGGCUGAUAUAGUCCAAAAAGAAGUUGAACUAACUCAAGCCAAAUUAGAACGCUCAGUGUCUCUAAAAGAUAAGUUCGAAAGUGUUCACUCUUCCUUAUAUAUAGAUAUGCAACAAGAAUUAGAAAAUCUUCGUACUUCCUUAAAGGUAUCCGUCGAGCAGUUGGAGCAAGAACAAAUUCUAAAAGCCGAAUUCGCUCAUCGACUGGCUUUAGCUCACGAGAUGACUGUUGAAAGGGAUAGGCGUAUUACCCGCUUAAAUGAUACACUGGUGGAUAAUGAAAAGCUUCAAAGAGAUAUGCAGGAACAAAUGAAAAUCUCAAACGAAAUUCGAAAGCAAUCCGAAAGACAAGUUUCUGCAUUGGAAAAAGCAUUGGAAAAAGUUCAAAGUGAUUUAAUAUUUGUUCGUGAUCAAAUGGGAGGAGUAUUUCAAGGCAAAGACCCUCCACUCUUAUCUCACAAAAUAGCCAUUAUCAAAUCCAGCACUUCUGAAAAUAAAAACAAGGAAAUUUUAAAUUUAAUAACUGAUGUAGUGAAAGAUUUAAAGACAGCUGUGGAACUUGUUGAAGAUAAUUAUGACGAUGUUCAGUUGUGCAUUUCGAAAAUACUAUCAAAAACUGUGACUUUGAAGAUCACUCCAGAGCCUGUAGACUUAGAACCUAAUAAAAAAAAUUAUAGUUAUAUCCGAACAAAAGCCAAAGUGAAGAGUAGACAAAGAGAAAUGUUUGAAAAAGAGAGAGACGCAUACGAGAUUCGAUUAAAACAGUUAUCGGAUAGAGUGAAGGAGCUUCAAAUUGAAAGAAGCAACCUGCAAGCAAAUUUGGAUAAUGCCGUGGCUGAGAGGACGGCAACUGCUUCCAAAUUAAUUAUGUUCCAGAGGAACGAACAUGAUCUAAAGCAACAUAUUACUAAGCUUGAAAAUCGAUUGCAGGAAGAGGUCAAGUCAAUUCACACAGUUGAGUCAAAUCUAGACUUAGACAUUAAGCAUUUUUCCGACGAUUUGGAUGAAAAACUCAAAUUUGUGAGUACUGAAAAAGAAAACUUGUUGACUGAAAGAAAAACUUUACAAAUGAAAUUGCGAGAGUUGCUUCAUGAGAGGGAGGCUGAUAUAAUUCAUUCCCAAAUAGUUAAGAAAGAAAAUCAGUCGCUGAGUGCUCAAUUAGAGGAGCUUUUGGGAAAACGUCAUGCAGAUUCAGAGCAAAGAAUUCAUGAAAUGGAAGAAAUAUAUGAAUUACGAAUGAAAGAAUGGCAAGCUGACUGUACCAAUCGAGAACUGAGUUUAAAAUUAAAAAAUGAAGAACUUGAGCACAAAUAUAAUAUACUAAACGACAAAGUUAGGGAUUUCGAACGUUUACAAGAGCUUGUUGCUGAGCUGCAAAAAAACUAUCGAGAGCAGGCAGAACUACGAUCAGAGGCAGAACGAUUAUUAAAUGAAAAAGAAGAAAAUUUCAGGCCAGUUUGUGAUAAUGGAUGUCAAACUGAAACCAAAGAAUCUUGCCUAGUUGACUUAAUCUGUAAGCUACAAAAUUUUAAGCAAACUGUUAAAAUGCAAGAAACAGCAAAUGGAGACUCUGGAAUAGAAGAUAAUGUCUCCAGUAUUGUCACUCUUCCUGAUUUAUCUCAAGCAGCUAAAGCAGCGUGUGAAGAAAAUAUUUCUUUGACAGCUCUGAUAAAAACCUAUCAACAACUAAUCGAAUUAAUCGUUAAUGAUUCGAAACAGCUAUCAAGUAAGGCCAUUAAUUUUGAAGUCUCACACGAAAAUUGCUUGGCCAAGUCUGAAAAGCUGAAAUUAGAGAACAAAAUUCGAGAUCUUCAACAUGAGUUAGAAUGUGCGGCAACUAUGCAUAGCACGAAUCUGGUAAUGCUGAAAGACUUACGUCAAAGUGAACUUGAUGCUAGAAAAGAAUGUAAUGAAAAUGAAAACACUAUUAGGCACAUGAGAGCUGAAAUACAUCGUCUUUCAACUGACUUAGAAAUUUACGAAACUAGAAUUCCUAUAUUAGAACAGCAAAUCUCCGAUUAUGAAUCAUUACUGAUUUCAAAAGAAAAACAAAUAUUAGCUCAAGAAGAACAUAUUAAAUGUGUUGAAGAACGUUUUACCACAUCUCAAAGUUCUGUCAAUUCUUCCUUGCGUCAAAAUCAUGCAGAUCUGGACCAAUACAGAAAUGAUCUUCUUCAGAGUAGAGAAUAUAACAAGCAACUUAAGAGUAGAGUAGCUAAAUUAACUGAAGUCCUUAAUGCUUUAAAUAUGUCGAAAGAUACGAAAGCUAAUUUCAAUUAUUCUCAAGUGGAAGAUAUUUUAGAAAAAUAUUCAGAGAAUAUAAAAACACCAACAAAUCAGUCAAAUUCUUCACUUGGAGUUCUUCAAUCUUGUUUAAAUGGUUUAAGGAGUCAAAUAACAACUUUACAAUCUCAAGUAAAUGGCCACUUACUCAAAGUUCAGUCCUCAUCGCAAGCCUGGAGGGACUUGAAACAAGAAGUGGCGGAAUUACAAGCAAUAUGUAAAGAAUAA